UUCAGACUGAAACCACAUCACAAAUUCCUGUCUGAGAUUCACGGCUGUCCGGCUCCUGCCGCGUCAUGUCUAGAUAUUCGCGGCCACCCAACUCUUCCCUCUUCGUUAGGAAUGUGGCUGAUGCCACCAGGCCGGAGGAUUUGCGCCGUGAGUUUGGUCGGUAUGGCCCAAUAGUAGACGUUUACAUUCCACUUGACUUCUACCAUCGUCGCCCCCGAGGAUUUGCUUACAUACAGUUUGAAGAUGUUCGUGAUGCCGAAGAUGCCCUUUACAACCUCAAUAGAAAAUGGGUUUGUGGUCGACAGAUUGAAAUACAGUUUGCUCAGGGUGACAGAAAAAUUCCCGGGCAAAUGAAAACUAAGGAACGUCGUAACUCCUCUCCAAAUGAUCGCAGAAGGUCUAGAAGUUGUAGUAGAAGGAGAACACGUAGCCGAAGCUCCUCUUGGGAUCGUGGCAGGAGAAGGUCUGGCAGCUUAAAAGGGUCAAAACACAAAAGGCAUUCUUACAGCCAUUCAAAGUCCCGCUCAAGGACACCUCAGAGACGUUCAAGAACAUCACAAAAGCAUUCAUUGUCCAAAGGACGCUCCAAAUCACCCGAGAAGUCUCCUUCUCGUUCCCCACCUAAGCAGUCUAGCUCUGGGCGAAAGUCUCGAUCUGGUCAGAGGCGGUCAGGCUCUACAUCAAAAUCUCCAUCAAAAUCUCCCCACAAAAAGAAUUCCAACUCUGUGUCACAAAAGGAAGCAGCUAGACGUUCCCGCUCUCGCUCGAGGUCGAGAUCCUGGUGUUACAAGGGCAAAAACAGCAGUCGGCAGUCAUCUGAUGAUGAUUAGGAUCACUCUAAAACGCAUUGCUAUAGAGAGGAACGCUGAGCAUUCGUACACUAUGCGUUGCACAUCUCUAAUCUGCCAAGGAGCUGGUCAUAUCAUUCAGGCUUCCUAGUGUAUCUUAAUGUAUAAGAUAGCAUAUAAAUGAAAUUUUUGAGAAAUUUAAG